UUUUUUAACGAGCAAUCAUAGGGAAAGUCCCAUUGUAAUUGGAUCAGCAUCAUCACGGCUUACCGUAUUUCUAAGAAACUCCACCCAUGACCAUUUGUAGUGUCGGUCAUUCCGGGUAAAUCUAUUCUAGCCUAGAUUCUUGUUAGCGCAAUAGCUACGGCUUGAAGACCAAAAUCAUAGGAGAGUUUGAAAGUGGCCUGAAUCAUGAGUAAGGGUCCAGCAGCCCGCUACAUGGAAAACAUCGCAUUGAAAGACGAGGUGGACAAAACCUCGCGUACUGUGGAAUCACAAGAGAGACAGAUUGAGGCCUUACAGAGUCAGAUUGGCGAAGUGGAUAAUCCAACUCUUUAUCGGAAGUCUAAGAAUCUAGUAAGGAAGAAAUGGAAAUCAGCAAUUUUCGUGAUACUGGUUAUAGCUGUGGCUGUGCUAAUAACAUUCGUGUAUGCCUCCCAAUCUCAAAGUAACUCGUCUGGUCUGAGUGAAUCACCUCAAUCGGCUCAGAGUAAGUCGCUCAAUUUACAGAUGCCGUUGGCACAAGGAAAAGACGGGAAAGCAUCUUUAGACUUCGGAGUGCGGCUAGACAAUCUGCUUCAAGAAUGCCAAAAUCCUCACUGGAAGCGAUCCUUUCCGGAUCUUGAUUACGCCCUCUUUGGCUAUGACGUUUUAAAGGGCUAUCCACUGGCAACAGGCCACGAUCCCGGCUUCACUCACCCAAUAUUCAUGACAGACUACACUUCUGCAAAGCAGACUUCUGACUGUCGUUACAGCGUCCCGGAAGGCUUGGUUGUUGUACCUGACGUGUCCUGUGAAACAUCGUUCUCUUCCAAACUUGUGCGGAACAGACUGGAGAUGUCCAAGUCUCUUGAGGCAUCUGCUAACAUUGAAGGAGGUGGAUGGGGCUUUAAAUUUAGCGCAAGCGCAAGCUACAAAGAAUCUGUGGCACAAAUGUCGUCAGGAGAGUACCUGUACAUCAUUUCGCAGGCUCAGUGCCGUUAUUAUUUCAGCAAAAUGGACGAAACGGAUCCCCCUCCUUUUCAUCCAGGGUUUGUAAGCUGGGCAAAGAGACUAUCCAACUCAAACGGUAACAGUGAUGCAGUCUUUGAGUUCACCAAAUAUUACGGAACUCAUUACCUGUCAGAGGUUACGUUUGGAGCGCGAUUCAUGAAGAACCAUAAAAUGAGUCAAACAAAGUACUCAGAGCUCAGGAGCCAGAAAAUUAGUGUAGAAGCACAAGCUAGCUAUUCAGGGCUUUUCAGUAUUGGAGGGGGAUUUUCAAUGGACUCAGAGCAAAGAUCUGCUGUUCACAACUUUCAGAAGUCUGUGGAGACAAGCACAAUCACUGUAGGAGCAGCUCCCCCGAGCAACGGCGAUGCUAUGACGUGGGCUUCCUCUGUCCAAGAGAAUCCAGUUCCAAUAAAGUACACUCUAACGCCCAUCCAUAACCUGUUUACUGAGAGAUAUUCCAAGCAUCUUCCUGACGUCAAGUUGGAUGUUGUGCGUGAGAUGAUCAAGAAUGCCUCAAAAAAUUAUUGCCAAGCUCUAAAAAAAGAGGGACGGGUAGAUUCUUGUGACGACGACAUUCAUUUGGGCAUUUCACUGGAAAACAUUGGAGUAACGACUUUUGGCUAUAGAUAUUUGACAAACGUGGAUGAGACAGAUUGUAGAGCUAUUUGUCUCUUAGAUGAGAAGUGCGUGGCAGUCCAGCAUUCUGCGUGGAGGGGGUGCAAGCUUCUCGACACGAGAAAGGAUCUUACAGCGCUUAAAAAGAAUUCCAAACUGGUGGUGUUCCUGUCGAGACUGCAACGAUUAAAGGAAAAUUUUGUUCUGAAAGAUCUCAAAGUCAAAGAAACUCAGCCACGCCGUGGCGAGAAGCAGGUCUCCAAUAUUUCUGAGUGUAUUUCCUUUUGUGGUGAAGAUGCAUUUUGUCAGGCGUUUGUGAUGUGCGACAAGAAAAUCGGUAGUUGGUGUGCUAACGCUAAAGGUAACUGCUUGCUGUACUCAAAGCAGAAAAUCACGGCUGUUGAAAUAAAUCAUUAUUCCGAGAUGCAUUACGUUUGGAAAAAUUACACUUUGGCUGAAGAGCCAAUAAUAAAGAAUCCGGUAUAAUUCUUUAUCAACUCAUAAAUGUAGUUGGCGCAAUAGGCUCUUCCACCGUUUCUUUUGCUGUUUUUUCUUGUUUCUGAUCUUUAUUCAACUUUUGAAACAGGCUCGAUAGCGACACUAUGGAACAGAGCUUCCUCAAUUUGUAAAGUAAACAAUUUCGAGAGUAAUACCGAACUUAAGUAAAUAAACCCCUUCAGGCGGCUAGCGUGUUUGAAAAAAGAAUAUUUGGCCGAGAAGCGAAACUUUUAGCGUAAAUGUGAUAUUUUAAGACAAUCUCUCAGGCCAGGUACAUUAUUAGCCGACAAGCAAACCAGAAAGGGGAUUUAUUUGUUUUAUAACCCUCGCAUUAAUUUUCAUACUGCGCAAAAUCGCUCAUAAAAAACAAACAAACAAACAAACAAACAAAAACCAUUGUUGAUCUUUUUGUGCUUUCUGGAACAGCAUUUACGACCAGCGUUUAAUGUCACACAUCACUGGAAUCUAAAAAACGAGAUUAUCUUUCCUCCACGUAACAGAUGACUAGUAAAAUUCUUGAGGUGGCUUUUUCCGCUGAAUUUGUUUCUUCAGGACAAAUAUCGACGCAAACGGGAGUUAUUGCGUGAUACCUGUCCGGUAACACACCACGAGACAUAAAGUAGCCAAUGAAAUCGCGCAAAAAUUAAUGGGCGGGUUAUAAAUAGAUACAUAAACAUAUGAAGAUAUAGCGCAGCGGCCGAAGUCAGGGAAUAAGUUGUAAGUUAGCUGUUAGAACAUUUUGGUCUCAGAAUCCCCCCUUGCCAAGAAUGAAAGGUUUACCCACUCUCCCAUACGAGGAUAAAUUACCGUGUUGUUGAUAGUAAUAGCUGUAUUACAUUGUAAACCAGUUACGGUAUUUUCAUUAUAUCAUUGUAUUUUUAAAGAAAUGUUAUGCAGUUUUGCACUGGAAGUAUUACGUUAGUAGUGUAAAUGAUAUCGGGCAGAAUACGUAGACAUAAUUAAUUAUUCAAAACCGAUAAAGCGGCAAAUUUGAUCGCAAGUUCGCUUUGAAGAGCCUUUGAUUGAAUAAUGGACCAUAAUUGGCCCACUAGGCUUUAUAAGGGCCUGUUUACAUGGAGGUGUAAGGACCCUCGGUAGGUGAGGUAACCAGCCUAGCCGUGGUCGAAAAAAAAAACGCGUUUACAUGCAAUCUUACAACCCCGGGCUGCUGGGGUAAGGUUUCUUGAGGUUGUUGUUACGCUUGCAGUUAAGGAGUUUGAGCAGAGUCGUCCUAAGCUCACAUCUCGAAAAAGACGGAAGAUUAAUUCUCGGACACAUAUGUUUUUAUUCAUGGAAGCGGCACGCGUUGUGUUACGCGGUGUCUGGUUUCGCGAGGAACCGUUGACCCUAUGCGGAAUAGUUUUUUGGAAACCAAAUAUGGUCGAUUUACAACGCUAAAAUAUUCCGAAAUGUGAACAUUUUACACUCCUUGUGUGUUUCUGGUGAUUUCUGCCAUGAGACGGCUAGGAAAUGUGCAAAGUUUUAAAACACACGUUUCGCUUUUGAGCUUUUUGUCAUGAACGCGACCCCGGCUAGGCGGGUUACCCCACCUUGACACGUUUACAUGGCAAUUUGUCACCCCGGCUGACAGGGUUACCCUACCUGGCAGACCGGGAAACCCACCUAGGCGGGUCACCCCACCUAUCAUGUAAACGUGAUCAAAAUAAAAUAAGAAAUUAUAUGGACAGGCGGGUUACCUCAACUACCUGGGGUCCCCCACCUCCAUGUAAACAGGCCCUAAAACUCUCUAUUCUGAUUUUAAGAAGUGCUUGCUUCUAAAUCAACG